GCCGAGCGGGUCGGGCGACGCCGCAGGAGGUUCUGGAAACGCCGGGAGCGGCGCGUGUCCAGUUACGGAGACCUGAGGUAAUUAGCUAACUAAUUCAACAAACGACCCUUCUGUGCGCCAGAAGCUGCCAGGAGUUGCUAGCCCAAGGGGGCAGGCGACUGGAAGAGCGGGAAAAGUCCAGGCCCAGAGCAGUAUGAUGCUUCCCUCUCUGACGAUGAAACUCCAGGUGUCCACACUGCUGAUGGCCUGGUUUGGUGUCCUGAGCUGCGUGCAGGCCGAGUUCUUCACCUCUAUUGGGCACAUGACUGACCUGAUUUAUGCAGAGAAAGACCUGGUACAGGCUCUGAAGGAGUACAUCCUUGUGGAGGAAGCCAAGCUCUCCAAGAUUAAGAGCUGGGCCAACAAAAUGGAAGCCCUGACCAGCAAGUCAGCUGCUGACCCCGAGGGCUACUUGGCUCACCCCGUGAAUGCCUAUAAGCUGGUGAAGCGGCUGAACACAGACUGGCCUGCUUUAGAAGACCUGGUCCUGCAGGACUCAGCGGCAGGUUUUAUUGCCAACCUCUCAGUGCAACGGCAAUUCUUCCCCACUGAUGAGGAUGAGUCGGGGGCUGCCAAAGCUUUGAUGAGACUUCAGGACACAUACAAGCUGGACCCAGACACUAUUUCCAGAGGGGAGCUUCCAGGAACCAAGUACCAGGCCAUGCUGAGCGUGGAUGACUGCUUUGGGAUGGGCCGCUCAGCCUACAAUGAAGGGGACUAUUACCACACGGUGCUGUGGAUGGAGCAGGUGCUAAAGCAACUUGAUGGUGGGGAGGAGGGGACCGUGGCCAAGGCCCAGGCGCUGGACUACCUGAGCUAUGCCGUUUUCCAGUUGGGUGACCUGCACCGUGCUGUGGAACUCACCCGCCGCCUGCUCUCCCUUGACCCAAGUCAUGAGCGAGCCGGAGGGAAUCUGCGGUACUUUGAGCGGCUGUUGGAGGAAGAAAGGGAAAAACAGUCGUUAAAUCAGACAGAAGCGGUGCUAGAAACCCAGGGAGGCCUCUACGAGAGGCCAGUGGACUACCUGCCUGAGAGGGACGUGUAUGAGAGCCUCUGUCGUGGGGAGGGUGUCAAACUGACACCCCGGAGGCAGAAGAGGCUUUUCUGUAGGUACCACCAUGGCAACAGGGUGCCACAGCUGCUCAUCGCCCCCUUCAAAGAGGAGGAUGAGUGGGAUAGCCCGCACAUCGUCAGGUACUAUGAUGUCAUGUCUGACGAGGAAAUCGAGAGGAUCAAGGAGAUUGCAAAACCCAAACUUGCACGAGCCACAGUUCGUGAUCCCAAGACCGGUGUCCUCACUGUUGCCAGCUACAGGGUUUCCAAAAGCUCAUGGCUAGAAGAAGAUGAUGAUCCUGUUGUAGCUCGAGUAAAUCGUCGGAUGCAGCACAUCACAGGGUUAACAGUAAAGACUGCAGAAUUAUUACAGGUUGCAAAUUAUGGAAUGGGAGGACAGUAUGAGCCGCACUUUGACUUCUCUAGGAACCAUGAACAAGAUGUUUUCAAGCAUUUAGGGACUGGGAACCGUGUGGCCACAUUCUUAAACUACAUGAGUGAUGUAGAAGCUGGUGGUGCCACUGUCUUCCCUGAUCUGGGGGCUGCAAUUUGGCCUAAGAAGGGCACAGCUGUAUUUUGGUACAACCUUCUGAGGAGCGGAGAAGGUGACUACCGAACGAGACAUGCAGCCUGCCCCGUGCUCGUGGGCUGCAAGUGGGUCUCCAAUAAAUGGUUCCAUGAACGAGGACAGGAGUUCUUGAGGCCUUGUGGAACAACAGAAGUUGACUGACGUCCUUCUCUGCCCUUCUCCUUCUGGCCCCACAGCCCAAGUCAUCUUCCAGCUCAGCAUGACAGAUCCCUUUGUAUGUUCCAACUCCUAUCAGGCGGGUCUUUGGAAGAGUCAAUGUUUGUUUGGCGUGGAGAGUGUACUGGUCUGGGUCCUGCGUGACCUCAGUCCCAGCCUCUGCAUUCAGCCUGUGCCCUUUCUGGCCCCAAAGAUAGCAUUGGAGCAGCUGCAGCAGAGCCAGGCUGUCUAGCACCUAGCAAGGUGCCUUUGUACCUCAGAUGUUUUAGAUGUGAGAUGUUUCAUUGAACCAAAGUUCUGAUACCUUGUUUACAUGUUUAUUUUUAUGGUAUUUUUAUCAGUUGUGAUUUUAACCAAAAAAAUAAAAUAUCCCUGCCGGAAGCCUUAAA